UUCACGGCCGACCUAUCAUCUAUUAAGCUCCUCCGAGUCUUGUUGGCUUCAGUUUAGUUUGUGUGACCAAAUCAAUCUUCUCCGGCGCUACAGCGAUUCUCCGAUGGCAAGCGCUUGGAACAUGAGCAUUGCAAUGGUUCAUAGGGAUAUAGAGAGGGAAUGGGGAGAUCAGUGUGGAGUUGUUUCAUUUUGUUUUUAUUAUCAUUGGAGUUUCUUGCUCUCUCUUUGGGAACCAGUUUAGUCAUCAUGGGACGGUUCUGGAGAAAUAUAUAUUUCAAAUUUUAUAAUAGCUUUUGGAGCACAUUGGAGCAAAUAAGCGUUUGGAGCUUGUGGAGCACUGCUCUGACCGAGGAUUGCUCUCACUUGUAACCUCUUUGGUGUCUUCUAACCUUUGCAAACAAUGAGUGGGCGAUUUUCUCGGUCAAUCUAUGUUGGUAACUUGCCUGGCGACAUUAGAGAACAUGAGAUUGAAGAUCUGUUUUGCAAGUAUGGCCGCAUUGUGGAUAUUGAACUGAAGGUUCCACCUCGUCCUCCAUGUUAUUGCUUUAUUGAGUUUGAGCAUUCUCGGGAUGCUGAAGAUGCCAUCAAGGGCCGUGAUGGCUAUGAUUUUGAUGGCUGUCGCUUGAGGGUUGAGCUUGCCCAUGGUGGCCGAGGACAGUCUUCAAGUGAUCGACGUGGUGGCUAUGGUGGUGGAGGAGGCUAUGGUGGUGGUGGUGGGGCUGGUGGUGGAUCUGCUCGGUUUGGCGUCUCACGACACUCAGAAUUUCGAGUUAUCGUACGUGGGCUCCCGUCAUCUGCUUCAUGGCAAGAUUUGAAGGAUCAUAUGCGGAAAGCUGGUGAUGUGUGCUUUGCUGAGGUCACUCGAGACAGUGAUGGAACUUAUGGUGUUGUCGACUAUACCAAUUAUGAUGACAUGAAAUAUGCUAUAAGGAAACUUGAUGACACAGAGUUCAGAAACCCCUGGGCUAGAGCUUAUAUCCGGGUUAAGAAGUAUGAAAGCUCUCGAUCAAGAAGCCCAAGCAGAAGCAGAAGCAGAAGCCGAGGCCGUGGUCGUGGGCGUAGCCGCAGCCGUGAUAGCCGCAGCCUUAGCCGUAGCAGGAGCAAGAGCCCAAGGAAGGAUAUGAGUAAAUCACCAAGACGAUCCCUUUCCAGGUCGAUAUCAAAAUCUAGAUCACCAUCUCCUGACAUGAAAAAGAGUCCCGCCAGGGCAAUAUCGAGAUCUAAGUCCAGGUCCAGGUCCAGGUCCAGGUCGAGGUCCAGGUCUAGGUCUCCAUCAAAAUCUCCUCCCAAGGUUCGUGAAGGCAGUGACUGAGUUAUCUAGGCGGUGAAAAAGACCAGAAGAAAAAGAAUGGUAGAAUUCUCAAGUCAAGAUCCAAUCUGUGACAUUUGUUGUUUUUUUUGCUGUUUUUAGAUAAUUGACAACUUCUGCUCCCUGUGCUUCCUUUGCUUUCAAAUCAUCUUUUCACUAUUCUCUCUCUCUCUUUCAUUAUGUUAUGGAUGAUUCCGUGAGCUUUUGUAUGGUUGGAUUGGAUUGGACCUUUUCGUGUCCUUGCCCUUUAAAGUCAUAGCUUGAAUUGAAAUACUUGAUCUGAUAGCUUGAA